AUGGUGGAUGGUGCUUGGUGCAUGGUGGAUGGUGCGUGGUGCAUGGUGGAUGGUGCGUGGUGCAUGGUGGAUGGUGCUUGGUGCAUGGUGGAUGGUGCUUGGUGUAUGGUAAAUGGUGCUUGGUGCAUGGUGGAUGGUGCUUGGUGCAUGGUGGAUGGUGCUUGGUGCAUGGUGGAUGGUGCUUGGUGCAUGGUGGAUGGUGCUUGGUGCAUGGUGGAUGGUGCUUGGUGCAUGGUGGAUGGUGCUUGGUGCAUGGUGGAUGGUGCUUGGUGCAUGGUGGAUGGUGCUUGGUGCAUGGUGGAUGGUGCUUGGUGCAUGGUGGAUGGUGCUUGGUGCAUGGUGGAUGGUGCUUGGUUCUCCUCCCUCUUCCAGAACUGCAUGAACGGCAUAUCCACCGCCCCCUUUGGCGUCAACCCGCACUUCCUGCCCUCCUCCUCGCUUUACUUCCCUGACGCCUACGUGGCGCUCAACGACUCGCUGGCCAGCGCUGACGUGGACACCAUGCAGCCAAUCGCGACGCGGCCUGACGGCGUGCCCUAUGGCUUCCAAGUCGCCAAGGCGAACGAGAAGGCGAACGAGAAGGUGUUCCCGGUGAUAUUUGACAUCAACCUCGACAACGAGGCCGCCACGCAGCGCCUGCAGUAUCUGGCAGACAGCUUCUUUAUCGACAACGCCACGCAGUCCGUGUCCGUCGCCAUGCUCACGUACAACGGUGCGUCCUGGCAUGGAGUGGGUGUGUCUAGAUUAGGGUGUCGUGCCAUGCCCACCCCUCAGUGGCGCCUGCAGUAUCUGGCAGACAGCUUCUUCAUCGACAAUGCCAUGCAGUCCGUGUCCGUCGCCAUGCUCACAUACAACGGUGCGUCAUGCCAUGCUCAGUGGGUGGUUGUGGUUAGAGUGCCGUGCCAUGCGCACACCCACAACGGUACCAUGUUCAGCGCACCACAGCACAGGGGCACCUGCAGAAUCGACAAUGCUACGCAGUCCAUCGGCGGCAAGAUAGCGGUGACGUACAACGUGGACCCGGUAGACGUGGAGCUCUACUCGUCCAGCGCUGACUGGGCGCGCCUCACGGUGACGGUGCUGUAUGUGUGCGCCGUGGUCUGGAACCUCAUAGAGGAGCUUGUGGAGGCGUUUCAAUGCUGGCUGGAGACGGGCAGGGUGAGUGGGCUGAGCGGCUUCUUUGCCGGUGUAGGUGGGGUGGAAGGACUGGGUGCGCCUGACGGUGACGGUGCGGUGGUGUGGAACCUCAUAAAGGAGCUCGUGGAGGCGUUUCAGUGCUGGCUGGAGACGGGCAGGGUGAGUGAGUGA